GGGCCACAACUUCCAACGGCUGAGAUACCUUAGCUUCCUACUGCUGGCAGACUGUAACUUUCAACAAACCAUAUAGCAUAUCAUGUCUUCUGUAAAAAUUCUCACAGUCGGAUCUGCCGCCGGGUCCAUUCGAGAAUUGCUCUCAAAAAUUAAGGCCAUCGACGCGAAACACGGCAAGUUUGCCCUCGCACUAUGCGCAGGAGAUUUCUUUGGUCCUCCCAAGGAUGAGGGAGAAGAGUACACUGGAGAAGACGAUCUAAUACAGUUGCUCGAGGGGAACCUGGAAGUUCCUAUUGAAUGCUACGUCAUGCAAGGAGAAUAUCCUUUGCCUUCCCCUGUGAUCGAGAAAUUCGCAAAGACAGGGAGCAAGCUGACCAUGAAUGUAAUACUACUUCACAAGUCGGGCAUCAUCACGACACCCCAUGGAUUGCGCAUUGCAUGUCUCGGCGGAGUUUAUGAAUCCAACAUCUAUGCCGCGGCAGAGUCAGCUCACGGGUUUACGUCACCAUACUUUACUGUGCAAACAGUGGAAAAACUUCUCGCCAAUACUUUGACAGUAUCGCACCCGGGAGACCAGAAUUACACGUCGCUCGCAGCCAUCAAAGCGACCGCUCUGGACUCGCAGCUUGUCGACGUCUUCAUCAGUAACGCCUGUCCUUCAGACAUCACGCGCUUCUCCCUCGCGCCGCUUCCUGCUCCCGAGCUCGCCUCUAUCGGCGUGGAACCCGUGGCCGAGGUUGUUCGGCGCACGAAGCCACGAUAUCACUUCGCCGCGGGAGGAGGGGUCCCUCCGAGGUUUUGGGAGCGCGAGCCGUUCGUGUGGGAUGACGAGAACGGGCGCAUCACACGUUUUGUUAGUCUCGGCGCCUUUGGGGGCCAGCCUGCGGAAGGCAAGAAGCAGCGGUGGUUUUAUGCAUUCUCUAUUACACCACAUACGCCGGAUGCCGAGGCGCCACCACGGCCUGCGAAUGCUACUUUGAAUCCUUUCACCGAACCAGUCGUCUCCAGAGCACCCAAGCGUGCGCUGGAGACUGAAGAAAGUACUAACUACCGAUGGGGAGAUGUUAAGCAGACCGAAAAGCGCACGCGUACUGAUGGAGGCGAGCCAGACAAACCCCCAGCUGGAUACAAGUGCAAAAUCUGCGAAUCAACAGAGCACUUCAUUACCGACUGCCCGGACCGUGCCAAACCCAAGGAAGGGUACAUUUGUAAGAUCUGCCACGAACCAGGUCACUUUGUGCGCGAUUGUCCCGUGAAGAAUGCUGUGGGCGACACCGGCGGGCGCAAGCCACGAGAAGGGUAUGUAUGCAGGGCAUGUGGGAGCGAAUUGCACUAUAUCCAAGACUGUCCUGUUGCCAAGCAGGGUGGAAGGGAGCGUAAUGGCAGAGCGAAUAGAGGUCAUCCGAAGGAGAUUGCACCGGAGGAUUGCUGGUUCUGUUUGUCAAACCCCAACCUUGCCAAACACCUCAUUGUAUCCAUCGGCACCGAGUGCUAUGUGACACUCCCCAAGGGCCAAAUUGUCCCUACGCACACAUCGGCAGCGCAUCCGAAUGCGCCGGCCGUGCCAGGCGGCGGCCAUGUUCUUAUCGUACCGAUCACGCACUACCCUACCUACAGUUCCAUCCCGCCUGACCUGGCGCCUCCAAUCGUGCAAGAAACCGAAAAGUAUAAGUCGGCCCUUCAUGCGAUGUAUGCCAAGUACGGCGCAGUUCCGGUGUCGUUCGAGGUUGGGCGACUCAGUGCGAAAGGCGGUCAUGCUCAUGUUCAAGCUGUGCCCAUCCCGAACAAGUUCACGAGUGCCGUGGAAGAGGCGUUCAUCAAUGAGGGCCGUACCCAAGGCAUCGAGUUUGAAGCCGACCCGGAAGAGGCACUCAAAGUGUGCAGCGGAGGAAAGGGCAGCUACUUCCGCGUGGACCUGCCGGAUGGAAGGAAGAUGGUAUAUUUGUUGCGGGAUUCCGUCCCGUUCAGCCUGCAAUUUGGGAGAAGGCAGGUAUUGGUAAACCUCCUGGGAAUGCGGGACAGGUUCGACUGGAAGGCGUGCGCGCAGUCGGAAAGGGACGACAAGGCAGACGUCGAAGUGUUCAAGGAUGCGUUCGCUCCGUUUGACCCUUCCCUAUCAGUCUAA